GAACCUCUCAUGCGAUUGUAAUGGACAUCCAGGUAGUCAACCAUGUCUUUUGCCACGUCCUCAGGAGCUCUCCCAGCUACCACAGAUUCAAUAGCUGAGGCUUUAGAAGCCAAGGACCCAUCGGAGUCCAUCUCCAUCCUUUAUCGCAUCAUUGCGAACCCUUCUUCCUCCCCGGAAGCUCUCCGUGUUAAAGAGCAAACCAUCUCUAACCUCUCUGACCUUCUUCGACAAGAGAAAAGAGCCGAAGAGCUUCGAAGCCUUCUCACUCAGCUGAGGCCCUUCUUCUCUGUAAUCCCCAAAGCAAAAACUGCAAAAAUAGUGAGAGGUAUCCUAGAUGCAGUUUCUAAAAUACCCGACACCUCUGAGCUUCAAAUCUCUCUUUGCAGAGAGAUGGUGGAAUGGACUCGAGCCGAGAAAAGGACCUUUCUUAGACAGAGAGUUGAGGCAAGGCUUGCUGCACUGUUAAUGGAAAGCAAGGAGUACUCAGAAGCUCUAACACUUAUCUCUUCACUUGUUAAGGAGGUUAGAAGGUUAGAUGAUAAGCUUCUUCUGGUUGAUAUAGACCUCUUGGAGAGCAAGCUCCAUUUCUCAUUGAGGAAUUUGCCCAAGGCAAAGGCUGCAUUGACAGCUGCCAGAACAGCGGCUAAUGCCAUAUAUGUGCCUCCGGCUCAGCAGGGCACAAUAGAUUUGCAGAGUGGGAUUCUUCAUGCUGAGGAGAAGGAUUACAAGACUGCUUACAGUUACUUCUUUGAGGCUUUUGAGGCGUUCAAUGCUUUGGAGGAUCCAAGGGCAGUGUUCAGCCUCAAAUAUAUGUUGCUCUGUAAGAUCAUGGUGAACCAGGCCGAUGAUGUUGCUGGAAUAAUCUCUUCCAAGGCGGGCCUUCUAUAUGUGGGUGUCGAACUAGAUGCCAUGAAAGCGGUGGCAGAUGCCCACUCGAAGCGCUCUCUCAAGAAUUUCGAGACUGCUCUUAGCAACUACAAAGCUCAGCUAGAGGAAGACCCAAUAGUGCACAGGCAUCUUUCUUCACUUUAUGAUACUCUCCUUGAACAAAACCUUUGCAGACUUAUUGAGCCUUUUUCAAGGGUUGAGAUCCACCAUAUAGCCCAACUCAUAGGCUUACCUGUGGACCAUGUGGAGAGGAAGCUUUCUCAAAUGAUUUUGGACAAGAAAUUCGCAGGGACUUUGGACCAAGGUGUAGGGUGCCUCAUAAUAUUCGACGAUCCGAAGCCUGAUGCUAUAUAUCCAGCCACUCUGGAGACCAUUUCUAAUAUCAGCAAGGUGGUUGAUAGUCUUUACCUGAGAUCUGCUCGGAUUAUGGCGUAAGUUGAGUAGUUUUCUGGGCCUUGUUACAGGCUAAAAAUUUUCUUAAAUAUUGUGUGGUUUCUGAGAUUUUGUACAGUCAACUUACUUUCAACUAAUGCGUAUUUUCCUCCAAGCUAUAAUGGUGCUGGAAAUUGGUUUUUGGAGAGAGAGUAGAAUGCUGCUGGAAAUUGGUUGUUGGAGAGAGAGAGAGAGAGACAUGGAUCAUUUCCACUAAUCUAUCCUCGAUUGAGGUGAGGUGGAAUGGGUUGUACAUGUAUUACUCAUUGUGCCCAAUGUUUUAGAUUGAGUGAGGCCUAUGGCCUAUAUCUUCAGAUGGGCCCUUCCCUCUCCAAAACAAAGCUGUAAAUCCAUCAGAUUAUAUUAGGGUAUUUAUGGGAUUGUAGACUGAUCUAUGGUAGCAUCGUUCAAGUAGUAUUCAUCCAUUAGUCUGGAAGAUAUUUGUAUGUUACAUUCAUCAAUAUCAGUGAUUAAAUACUUA